AUGGCCUCCUCCACUUGUCUAUCCCAAACCAGCUCGUCCCAACCUGCUGUAAAACAACAGAUUCUCAAACCCAAAGUCCAAACAACGACUAAAUUUCCAUUAACGGAAGAGCAGAGAGAACUGUUGAUUACCAGUGGAUGCAUCCCGAACCUUCGAGAAAUCGAGGCAGGAAAGGCAGCAUAUAUAAUGUCGGACAUGUGCAGUGUCCCACCAAAACAGCAAGAGGACAUGAAAAAAGUGAUUGAAGAAAAAGCGUACCGGGAUGCUCGCAAAGGAAAGCACCCAAUUCCAAGCCGUUGUUCGAACUACGUGUACCACAACAAAAACAAAAUUCUGGAAAUCAGCGGAUGUGAUGAUAUUUCCAUAGGGUCACAAGUCUACGCGAACAAAUAUCGUUAUGUGAAAAUAAAAGGUUCUCCAGAAUCGAUCAUCAAAGCAAGACAAACUCUUGAUGAUUGUUGUUUCUGUCACUUUGAGGAAGAAUACGAUUAUAAUGUCAACCAUCGCCGGACCAAUGACAAGGUCGACUUCUUUUUGUAUGUUCCAAAAGAGUGUUCGCGGAAGUUCAAUUCUAACGAAGGAAUUCGUGCAGCACAGUCAAACGCUCUCUUCCAUUCGACUCGAGUCCAGCACCAAAUGAUAUCAGUUCAUGAAGAUUGUAACCCUCCAAUCAUCAUGAUUGGACCCGGCGAUAAAAUGCGAGAAGCCAAAGCGAGUGUGGUUGAGCUGUUUGCAGAAUUUUCUGAAGAGAAGGCAUCCAUCUCAAUUCCAAAAAACAAUGGGUUCUAUGGGCACAUUAUUGGAACAAAAGGGUCUACCAUCCGUGAACUGUCAAGAACAACUGGAGCAGACAUCUGGAUUGACAAAGACGAAGCAGUUGCUAUGAUUGAAGGGACAAAGAAGUCAACAGCGGCGGCACAAGUUAAGAUUCAACAAAUGGUCAAAGAUUAUCAAGAUCAAUCGAAUCGAUAUGACGCUGGCCCAUCAUCUAACAAGCGAUCGACACGUAUUUCAUCGUCCUUGACCUCUCGAAAACGAAGAAGAAGAGACAGUGGUUGUGAUUAUGUCAGAGAUUAUCGCCAGAGUAGGUUCUUAAUAAAGAAAAAAUAA